AUGACUUGGGAAGAUUUCAAAACACCAUUCCUCAAACAUCAUAGCCCCAAGGCAGUGAUAAAUAAGAUAAAGGAGGAAUUCAUGCAAUUGAGGCAAAAGGGUGAAACCGUUGAUAAAAUUACGGGGAUGUUCAUGGAUAAGCUCAAGUUUUGUGAUGACUUGGUCAAAACUGAAGAAGAGAAAAUCUAUUACUAUCACACCAUGCUUAGGGCUGAAUAUAGGGAGUUCAUGACUCCCUCACAUUAUGAAAGCCUCACCGACAUAAUCAAUGCGGCGCGGGAACGCGAGAUUGAACUAAAAAGGCAAGUUGAAAGAGGUGAGAGAGGGGCCUUGGAUGAAAACCCGAGUCCCGCAAAGAAGCCAAAGGUAGCUGAAUCUUCGAAGAAAGGAAGUGCAAAAGGAGGUUCUCCGAGUUGCAAAACAUGUGGACGCACUCAUAAGGGUGAAUGCUACUUCAAGAACAAACCUUGCGUGGCAUGUGGGAAGAUAGGGCAUGGGGUUGCAAAUUGCCCAAACAAAGUAACGGUGUGCUAUAAAUGUUACCAACCGGGUCAUAAAAAGUCAGAAUGUCCGGAAUUGAUGGGAAAGAAAGAGAGUGCCGACUCUAGGGAUGAAACCCCAAAAGCUAAGGCAAGGUCGUUCCAAAUCACUACUGCUGAAGCAAAAAUGGAACCCGACGUGGUUACAGGUAUAUUUACUGUAAAUUCGAUCCUUGCACGUGUUUUAUUUGAUACGGGUGUGAAUAAGUCUUUUGGUUCACAUAGAUUCAUUCAAAACCCCUUGUUUACAUUAACGAAAUUACCUAUGCCAAUGGAAGUAGAAGUAGGUAAUAACAAAAGUUUUUUUGUUUGUGAUGUAUGUCGGGAAUGCAAAUUGAAUAUCGAUGGCGAGGAAUACUCCAUUGAUUUAAUACCCAUGUCCAUGGGUGAAUUUCAAGUGGUCGUUGGAAUGGAUUGGCUAUCCCGCUACCAUGCUAAGGUGAUAUGCUUACGUAAGGAGAUACACCUAACGUCUCCGAGCAGAAGGCGUGCCAUCAUCUAUGGGGAGAAGGCUUGUAAUCCCAUGAUAUGA